GCUCAAAAACCCCGGAGAGAGCAAAAACAUUCUCCUCAAAAAGCCUGUAAACGGCACUUCUCUUCCAUAAUUAGAAAUGACGGGACUGAGAACCUAUUAUUUUUAAUUAGGGGUCAGCAUGACUGGAAAACUGGGAAUAAGCAGAUGACCACAACCCUCACAUUGCAUUACCCAGAAAUUCAGAAGGUUUGACCGCAGCAAGGCAGUUCCAGAGUUUUGUUUGGACAGCGUCACUUUCUCCAUUAAUGGACCAGAGGACGUCAAGUUUCCAUUUGGCUGGAUCCUGGGUGGUCCUGAUCUACCUGCUGAGCGCCUGUCACUUUGCUUUAGCUGAUCCUGCAGAACUGCUGGCUCAUGGAGCUGCCUGGACUCUGCCUGAAGAUGCCACUCAGGAGCAAGGCUACUACUUGCAGCAACUCUUUGGGCAGUAUGGGGAGAACGGCACAUUGUCCUUUGAGGGCCUGACACGCCUGCUGCUGAGCCUUGGGCUGGGGAAGGUCCAAGUGGUGGAGAUCGAGCAUGAGGAGCUAGGCCAUGGCCAUGUAUCUCACCUGGACAUCUUGGAGGUCCAAGAAAACAAGCACCUGCACUCGCACUCCGCACUGGACCACAGAACCAAGGGGCAAGCAGAGAUGAUUCAUCCCACCAGGCCAGGAAUCCCUCAGCUGGGCCAUGCUACCCUGAAUCCGCCUGUAUCUCCUACACUUCAUGGGAGAAAGGUCACCAAGCCAAGCUUCGGCAGAGCACCAGAGAAGACUGGGAAGAAUGAAGACCUUUUCAAGCCCUCCCAAGGACCUUCUGGGCUCAAUUUUUUAGAGGGCGUGAUUGCGUUAGACCACUCUGUCUACAAUCACCUGCAUGAGGAUUGUCUCAAUGUAUCCCAGCUGCUGGUCAACUUUGGGCUGAACUCGGUCUCCAAGAUCACGCCUGAACAGUUCACCCUGCUUUGCCCAGCUUUACUCUAUCAGAUUGACAGCCGUGUUUGCAUCCAGCACUAUGACGAAGUGGCCCUUGGCAUGGCGGGGAAUAAUCUCUGGGCUGGCCUGGGCUGGGGAUUUGUGGCCAUCACCUUGACCAGCUUGCCCUCCGCACUGGCCAUUGUCUUGGUCCCUCUGCUCAACCACAAGCUCUUCCGCUUCCUGCUGGCUUUUCUGGUGGCAUUGGCUGUGGGGACCUUGUGUGGGGACGCACUGCUGCACCUGUGGCCACACGCACAGGCCAGAGCCCACGGACUCCUGUCACCGAAACACCAGCCGAGCACCACGGCCGAGGAUGCUGUAUUGAAGGGCCUGUGUGUGUUUGGGGGGAUUUACUUCCUGUUCCUCAUUGAAAAUCUGAUGGGGACGCUGAAGCGUCUUUGCGCAAAGGGGAAGGCCAGCAAAACCCCUGAGGAGGCUGCAGUUAAGAUGGAUGAGAGAAGUGCUGUCAGUUCAAGGACAUCCCAAGGUGCUGAAUCUCAGGGUCUGACUUCUGUGCCAGAAGGAGAAGCUGGGAAUCUCUACAGCGAACCCCAAGACUGCUCCAUCCAGAUCCGCAGCUCAGAGGAUUGUGAGACCAGCGCCGAGAGGCAAGACGAACAGCUCCAUCCCCACGGCCAUUCCCACGGCCCAGCAGAUGCUCUCAAUGCUGGAAUAGCAGACAUAGCUUGGAUGGUUAUUUUGGGAGAUGGGAUACACAAUUUCACUGAUGGAUUGGCCAUAGGAGCUGCCUUCUCGGAUGGAAUCUCUAGUGGUUUAAGUACAACUGUGGCCGUAUUCUGCCAUGAACUGCCCCAUGAGCUUGGAGACUGUGCAGUGCUACUGCAGGCUGGCAUGCCCCUCCGGCGAGUGCUGAUCUUUAACCUGCUCUCUGCUUUCCUGGCUUACUGGGGCACAGUGCUGGGGACAGUAGUCAGCCGGAGCAGCUCUCAAGUCACUCCCUGGGUUUUUGCCAUCACAGCUGGCAUCUUUCUCUACGUGGCACUGGUGGACAUGCUGCCUGAAAUGCUGCAGAGGAGUUCUCCCAAGGGCAGAAAGGGCUCCCUUGUGCAUUUUCUUCUCCAGAACUUGGGCUUCCUCAGUGGAGGAGUCCUCAUGCUCUGUAUCGCUCUCUUUGAAGACCACAUCAGCUUCCAUGUGGAUGGGUGAUUCUACUCUUCAGUAAGAAAACCCACCCGGAAAACAUGACAGAUUGAGGUCAUGCUCCAUUAUGGCAGUGACUGCUCCCUUCCUUACCUGGGCUCUAGGAAGACCUACAGAAUUGUUCCACGUUCUUCUUCAAGGUAGCUGUGGACAAAACUCAAUUAUGAGAAUCAGAAGAUACAGCAAUUCCUGUGAACCUCCAACUUUGUGUUUUUGGGCAGCAUAAAUGUCUCCACCACUCUGUUAGCUUCUGUAAGAGGAUGCUAGUUGCCACUCCAGUUGUCAAAAUCGAAUUGCUAAAAACAACAAAUGGUUUGCAUUUUAUAAAAUGGGAUGGAGCACCAGUCUACAGAAGACAGCUGAUUCCGUAUCUCCUCAGAAUAGAAUUAGGGAUGGGGGUUAUUUUAAGGAACUGUAGCAAUCGUGACAUGGCAGAUUGCUUUUGGUACUAGUUGGAAAGUUUCCACAGCACUUCAGUUAAGAGGAUUUUCCAACAGACAAAAAUGAUUCAAGAUUGGUGCACAAAGGUGGAAAGCAAAGGGUGCAAAUACGACCCCAUAUGUGGUUGACAUAUAGCCAGCUCAUACAAGCUCUUGCCAUUGGAUGAAAUUCAAGAGGUUUCAGGCAACCCAACAUUUAUUUCAAGUAGAUGGCGAAGUUGACUCAGGUGAAGCUGCUGCAAGCUUUGAUCCUGUUAAGACAUACUGGGAUAAGGAUGUGCAUGGCAGCGCAUGAGAAAUGGGUUUGCCUUCAUAGAACAUGGAAAAGGGAAGAAUUACCCCAGGCACCAGGUCCCACUAUAACCUCUCAAAUGAAGGACUGCACAAGGGAUUGCUCCUGACUUGCAUGAAAGCAGCACACAAUUCACCAUUGCACCCUCUUACUGCUCAUGGUGUUUCUAAAAAGUCCAUGCAUAAUAAAAGCUUCUCCACUGAC